ACCGCGCAUCCAACGCUCUUGCGUAAAGUAAGUUAUCUGUGGUUUAUUUUUCGCGGGAAAAAAUUGUGAGGCACUUUAAAAUUUGCAUUUGGAAGUGGUGUUUUAUUUGCAAUAACUUUUUAUUGUGUUUUAUAGUUUGUAGGCGAAAUUUCGUAAACAGUUGUUGAGAGGUGUGAUGUGACAAUGCUGGAAGAGUUACGACCGACAGACACAUCGAACUGGAGUACGACGUACGAACAAGACUUCUACAUAACAUUCUACGAUCAGACAAGCGGACAAUAUGUUAAUAACACACAGAAUAUUACACAGGUGUACCAAUCAUUCAUAUUACCAUGGUGGCGACAACUCCUUUGGACGGUUCUUUUCGCGGGUAUGGUCGUGGUAUCAACCGUGGGCAACCUCGUCGUGAUAUGGAUAGUUCUAGCAAAUAAACGUAUGAGAAGUGUGACAAACUAUUUUCUUGUGAAUCUAUCAAUAGCGGAUGCAAUGAUGUCGACAUUGAAUGUUACGUUCAAUUUCACAUAUAUGCUGUACUCCGAUUGGCCGUUUGGACAUUUUUACUGCAAAUUCUGCCAAUUUGUUGCCGUAUUGAGUAUAUCUGCUUCGGUGCUUACUCUCAUGGCUAUCAGUAUUGAUCGGUACGUAGCAAUAAUGAGCCCUCUUCGGCCGAGGUUGGGGAAGCGCGCGACGCUUGCCAUUGCAGCCGCGAUUUGGGCCAUCAGUUGUGUGGUCAGCAGUCCCAAUUUCCUCUACUUCACCACUGAAACUGAUCCAUUGCCGGAUGGAAACGUACGACGCAUAUGCUUUCCUGAUUGGCCGGAUGGUAUCACGACAAGAUCCCAAUUAGAAUACAUGUAUAACGUAAUGUUCAUGUUGUUGACAUACUUUCUACCAAUAAUGUCAAUGACUUACACCUAUUCUAAAGUUGGAGUCGAGUUGUGGGGCUCCAAAUCUAUCGGUGAAUGUACCCAGCGGCAAUUGGACAAUGUCAAAAGCAAACGAAGGGUGGUGAAAAUGAUGAUAGUUGUCGUUGUGAUAUUUGCCGUAUGUUGGCUGCCGUUCCACGUUUAUUUUAUCGUGACGUCAUAUUACCCAGACGUGGUCAACUACGAGUACAUACAGGAAAUAUACCUCGGCAUCUAUUGGCUUGCUAUGAGCAAUUCCAUGUAUAACCCUAUUAUUUACUGUUGGAUGAAUUCCAAAUUUCGUCGUGGCUUUAAACAAUUCUUCUGGUGUUGUGGUGCGAUGGGUAACGGUGGAUUCAACCGGCACAGAGGCUUUGGUCCAGAUCUACCCGACAUGUCCAUGAGAUCUGUGUCCCCAAGCCGUAAAAAUGGUACAAGUACGAUGCGAAUCUCGCUUCACAGCACAUAUAACAAUACAAUGAUGAGCAGCAUUUGACAUCGACGGGGCACGUCCGCGCGCCGCGGCGACUUCUCUGUAAAUGACCCGCACACCGGAAACGGUGACGAACGUACGUGGAUUUGACGAGCAUACCGUACUCGACAUACUCCUACACCUCAAGAACUCUAUGGUUGAGUAUAUUCUGUAUAAAUGAUUCCAUGUACUUUGUAAUUAAACAUUUAUGAUGUCUAGAAUGUAUCUGUAAAUAUUAUUUAUGAAACAAUAAAUUUUCAAUGUUGAGACAUCUUCCUAUUAUAUGUAAAUUUAAAAAUUGUGGACACACGCUAACAAGCACUAAUACACUAGUAUAUUUCGUAAUGAAUGUUUCAUAUGCCUUAAUCAGAUUACUAUUAUUAUAAACUACCUAAUAAACGGUUGAUAAGACUGUUUUAAGAGACAACGUCGUGGACCAUCUUUAAAGAAAAUGUUUAUUUUAAAAGUCUGUAGACCACGACUACGGUAAACUCAUUCGAAACGUUGAGUUAUGUAUGUAAUAAAUUAUUAGAUAUACAAUCACUUUAUAAAAACAUAAAAAACUUCAAUGUAUAGUAUGUCAAAUUGUGUUUAACCUGAUAAAAGACAUAGAUAUAUUUUCUUAAAACGGUGCAGCAAUUAAUUAGUUCAUAUAAAGUUAAUUUUUUCAUGAGUAAUAAUUAUUUUGUUGCACAGUUUUAAUAGAGUUAGUACACCGUUUCCAAAAAGAAGUUUUGAUAAAAGGUUAUAAGUAAGAGUGACGUCCCAAAUCCCAGCGAAAUGAGAAAAGUCGAGCGACUUACAACUUGAAAAUUAUUUAUAUCAUACUCGUGAAUUUAGGGGCAAUAAAAUUUUCAUGAGAAUGGUAUUAUUAAAAAUUUCAUCUCAUAAAAAUAGCAAUAUAACUCACCCAUACUUUAUUCGUUUUAAUAGAUUUCACCGGAAUUCCAUAUAGAAGAAAUCUAUAAUUUUUUUAUAUAUAUUGUUUUAUAGUAUACUAGUGAUUUAGAUCAUCAACAGUAAUCUGUAAUGCCCAUUGUAAACUCUAAUAUUAAACUUCGAUUCGUAUUUCAAAGACCUCCUAAGCAAAGACAGUUGAAAUUAAAUUGUAUUCACCUCCUAUCUCAAGGGUGGGCUUUCUCUUUUUUUAAGUUGAGUUUGGAUUUGUUAUGACGAACGUAACUGUAUAUAAAGAAAUGUAAUCUUUUAAUAAUGCGUAAUAUAGUAUAUUUAUUGUUAGCUUAAACUGUAUAAUUAAUGUACAUAUAAAUGUAUUUAGGUAGAAUUUAAUAAGGUUUUUGCGAGGCUAAUGUAUUUCUAAUUAUUUUUAUUCCAAUACAAUUAAAUAUGCAAUGAUACGAAACUAACAAAAUUUAAUAUAUGAGAAUGUAAAACAAAACACGAACGCUGGCACGUUUUGUUUGAUUGGUGAAACGUAAAGACCGAUCGUGUCGCGUAACUGUGAUUGGACUAGACACGUUGACAAUCGUUUCAUGUUUUCCGCACCUGCAGCUUUGUAACUUCUAGUAGCAAUCCCGAAUUCAAUAUUGUAAAUUUGUACUCAAUUACGAUAACUAUCUGUUUUAUAAAUUUAAUGUUGAGAUCGCAAA